AUGUUGGAUGGAACCUCUUCUCAAAGUGAUUAUUCAGACAACGAGGAUAUGUAUGUACAUAAUAUGACCUUGAAGCAGGCAAAACAAUUAUUGAAUAGUCCUCGUUCUCGACAAAUUAUUACACUUGCAAGUUGUGGUAAAAAGGUUGGUGUGGUCGAAUGUGGCGAUCCCAAUGGGUACCCUGUUCUUUGGUUCACAGGUAAUAUGGGACCCGCUCUUUCAAUCCUCUUAUAUCAUAAUAUCGCCAAACGACAUCGCAUUCGUUUUGUAUGCGUUGACCGUCCUGGAUAUAAUGCUAGUGAUGACAUAUAUUCUGAACCUGGAGUUCCAGACCUUUUCGAAUUUGCUGAUAUGAUUAAUGAGUUAACUUUAAUAUUAAGAAUGUGGCAAUUUGGUUUGGCAACUUUUUCGUUAGGCGCAGUUUAUGGAUUAGCAUAUUCUUUAAAUUUUCCAGAGAGAUUAAAAGGACCAAUAUUUAUGGUUUCCCCUUGGCUUUCAGUCAAAACACCAGGAACUUCAACCAUGUAUAAAGGAAUUGCUAGAUACGCACCAAAUUUUUUAAUACGUACGACUUUGAGUACACUUCCGCACAUGAACAAUUUUAUUAAUAUGUGGAGUACAUUAGGUUCCUCCCCUGUCAAAUCACCAAAGCGUGUAUCAACCUCAACCUCCACUUCUACAACGUCGGAUGCUGACGAUGGAAUUGAAGACGCGGACAUAGCAUUUUCAAUCUCACCCGGAAGGAGUUACAUUCAUCAACAAAUAUAUGCAAAUGGGUUAUGGAAUCUUCAAAAUAGGACGGGCGCACAUAUUGAUGCGAUGGUAGCAUUAGAAAAAGUGAGUUGGGGUUAUUCAUAUGAGGAAACAAAUUAUCCAAUUGAAGCAUUUGUCGGUGAUAUUGAUGAAAAUGUUCCGAUACAAGCUUGGAUGUACAUGAAUAAUAGAAUGAAUAAUAUUGAACUUAAUGUGAUUGAAGGUGGUGGGCAUUAUUUAUUAUAUAGAAUGGACUUUAUGGAAGAUUUAUUUACACAAAUUGAACGUUCAAUGUAUUCGUAG